AUGCUCCUUAUUCUUUUUUUAGAAUCCAGUGUUCUUGGUGUUUUGUGUUAAUUAUGAAGUUAUUGUUUAAACGUGAAAUGGCCUUAACACUGUAUCAGGUCCACUUACUGUAUGCCGUCCUCACAAUCAGUAACUACUUCAAGAUGGGCGCCCCGUUAAGCACCCACUUGCAUCACCCAUUAUGGACAUGUACAACGUACCCAACCCUCCCAUGCCAGCAUGCCCGCCAGGCCUGGAAUAUCUGUUACAGGUUGAUCAACUGCUUAUAAAACAGAAGGUCGAGCUUGUAGAAGCUCUUGUCGGCUUUGAGAGCAACAAUAAGUAUGAGGUACAGAACUCGAUGGGCCAGAACGUGUUCUACGCCGUGGAGGAGAAUGACUGCCUGUCCAGGCAGUGCUGUGGGCCCAUGCGCUCCUUCGUUAUCCGGGUCCUGGACAACUUUGGUCAUGAAGUGAUCACCGUGACCCGCCCGUUGAAGUGCAUGUCCUGUUGUUUUCCCUGCUGCCUGCAGGAGCUGGAGGUCCAGUCACCCCCGGGAAACACGGUGGGAUACAUUACUCAACAGUGGCACCCCUUCGUGCCCAAGUUCAUCAUCCAGAACGAGAAAUGGGAGCCAGUGUUGAAGAUACAUGGGCCCUUCUGUGGCUGGAAUUGCCUGCCAGACAUCGACUUUGAGAUCAUGACUAUGGAUGAAGUCAACAAGAUUGGGAAGAUCAGUAAACAGUGGACAGGGCUUCUCCGUGAGGCUUUCACAGAUUCAGACAACUUUGGUGUUCAGUUUCCCAUGGAUCUGGACGUCAGAAUGAAAGCCGUGAUGAUUGGCGCUUGCUUCCUUAUCGAUUUCAUGUUCUUUGAAAGUAACAACUAAGGACCUGGGGGAGGUUGUGGAACCACACCAUAGCAGAAUGUUAAGAAGACAACGAUAGAAAAUUAAACCUCAUUGCAUGGUUGUGUUUGUGAUGCGUCAGCAUUGUCGUGCUUGUGACACGUGUCGGAUUGGAUAGAAGUAGAAGUAGUAGAUUUGUAGUGGAAAUCAAGAUCGGGGAUGAGUGUUAGCUUUUUCAAAUGAGGUGUAUUAAUAAACCAGGUUUAUUAGAGUGAAGAGCUUUCCAAAUGAAUAGUCUGCACUUCUGUGGUACUGCCCAUCACAGGUGGGACACUGGGUGAAAUGUGUUUCCUCAUACAUAAUUUGGAGACCAAACAACAAAAUGGCGAUGCAUGAAUGCAAUCUGACUGCUCACUGUAUCCAGAAUCAUUACUAGAUAUCUGGUACCUGUGUCAUUACAAAAACAACCAGCCAUCAAACAUAAUGCUUUUUGUUCAAAAUCCUUUCUUCUGCUGAACUCUGAUGGCAAGAAGGCAGUGUCCAUACAGUUAACUUCAUUGUACAAAUAUGCAACUUGUUCAUACAGCUUUUGUUUUCGGCAGUAAUCUGUGUACAGUAGAUUUAUUUAUUUAUUUAUUUAUUUAUUAAUGUUACUACAAUUAGAGGUUGUUGUAUUCAUAUUUUAAUGUGAUCGGUGUUUUUUCUAAAUAAAUAAUAUAAUAAUGCUCUAAAUGAAAGUUAAAUGUUUACAUUUUGCCAGUUCAUAGUUUACCUUGUUCAGAUCCUGAGGAAAUGCCUUACAAACUUUUUCCCUCACUACCAUAAUUCUUCCACUAGGUGGCAAUAGUUGUCCAUAAAUGUAAGCGUACCGGAAUAAUCAAUGCUACACAAAUUACUGAUACAAAAUAAUCCUUUUUUUUUUUUUUUUUUUUUUUACAGCUGCAAGAUAUCUUUACUUGCCUGAAUGGUAUUGGUGCAUGUAGGUUCAUUCUUAUUUAUAUUUAUGAAAUAUCUUCUUGGCAUCUGUUACUAGAGAAAUAUUAAUGGAGCCAGUGCAGUGUCCCUGAAUUAUUCUUAUAACUCCCGGUGUAUGACUGAAUGUAAGCAAAUGUGCACUAACAGAAAAAGGUCAUUAAAAGUCAGGAGAUGCAUACCAAAA